ACGGAGGUGAUCAAGUGGUUAGAUGCCGGGGUUGUGUACCCCAUCUCUGACAGUUCUUGGACUUCGCCGGUGCAAUGUGUGCCGAAGAAGGGCGGUAUGACCGUGGUGACCAAUGCGCAAAAUGAACUAAUUCCUACCCGGACAGUCACCGGAUGGAGGGUGUGCAUGGACUACCGCAAGCUGAACAAAGUGACCCGCAAGGAUCACUUUCCAUUGCCUUUCCUUGACCAGAUGCUUGAUCGACUUGCUGGGCGUGCCUUCUACUGUUUCUUGGAUGGGUAUUCUGGGUACAACCAAAUCUUGAUUGCUCCGGAAGAUCAGGAGAAGACCACUUUCACUUGUCCAUAUGGCACCUUUGCCUUUUCUAGGAUGCCUUUUGGGUUGUGCAAUGCACUGGCUACAUUCCAGCGGUGUAUGAUGGCCAUUUUCACCGACAUGGUGGAAGAUAUUUUGGAGGUGUUCAUGGACGACUUUAGUGUGGUGGGAGACUCAUUUGAUGAAUGCUUGAAGAAUCUUGAUAGGGUGUUGGCCCGGUGUGAAGAAACCAAUCUUGUGCUCAAUUGGGAAAAAUGCCACUUCAUGGUGGAGGAGGGCAUAGUCCUUGGUCAUAAAAUUUCAAAACAUGGCAUAGAAGUGGACAAAGCUAAAAUAGAGGUGAUUUCAAGGCUUCCUCCCCCUACUUCUAUCAAGGGGGUUAGAAGUUUUCUUGGGCAUGCGGGGUUCUACCGGAGAUUU